UUCGAAGCUUGAAAGGGCGCUGCAAAAGCGCUGGCCACCAAGUACAUUCGAUCUUUGACCUUGGACAUGGUAGCCAAGCUCCUCCGCUUCCUGGGGGUCGCAGCCCUCGCGUCGUUCGCGCUCGCCGCCUGCCCCAACAAGUGCUCGGGUCAUGGCACAUGCGGCCCCAACGACAUUUGCUCCUGCCAGCAGAACUGGAUCAACGCGGACUGCUCGGGGCGGCAGUGCCCGUUCACGCGCGCGUGGCAAGACACGGCGCUGUACGCGAACGACGCGCAUUACUACGCCGAGUGCGGCGGACGUGGGACGUGCGACCGCUCGACCGGUAUCUGCACCUGCGACACCGACUUUACUGGGUCGGGCUGCCGCCGCAUGCGCUGCCCGGGCGACUGCAACGGUCACGGCGUGUGCCUCUUCAUGGAAGAGCUCGCGGUACUCUCAACGGAUCCGCGGGUCGGCGGUACGGCGGGUACGACGUACACGAUGUGGGACCGAGAGAAGAUCCAAGGCUGCCAGUGCGACCCGGGUUGGGAAGGCUACAGCUGCUUGAACCGCGUGUGCCCCAAGGGUGACGAUCCGUUGACCGUGAACGACCCAUCGUACCCCGCGGUCACGCAAGUGGAAAUGAUGCAAGGCAUUGCCGUCUACGGCACGUGGACGGCGGCGACCUCCCUUGUCCUCAAGUACACGGACCCGUAUGGCAACACUUGGUCUACGAGCGCCAUCACGGCUGCCAACGAAGCUGCUCUUUGCACCAACAUCCAAACGCAACUUCGCAAGCUUCCCAACCUUGCGCUCUAUUCGACCACGCUGUCGGGCGAGGGCCAAGUUACUGUCGUAGCGCGCGCUAUCAAACCGGUGACUCGCGACGCGGCAAACCCAGCGGUGGGCACCAUCGGCGCAACACUUACGUCGGGUACCCCAGCUACUUUUAUUGCUGCUUGCGUUGUAUCGUUCCCGUCUGGCCCCGGCACCACGGGGUACCAGUACCCACUUACGUGCGAUAUUGCGACGCAUACCAGCCCUGGCUCCCAGCCGCUCCAAGUGCAAAGCGCGGUCACCGGCUGCACUGUCGUAGAGCACUACGAUGGCGGGCUCGCAAGCCCAGUGACGCUUCCCUUCACGGAGCUAGCCACUUGCUCGAACCGCGGCAUUUGCGACUCGUCGCGUGGCGAGUGCCAAUGCUUCUCUGGCCACAAGGGUCUCGCCUGCGAUCUCCAAGAAGCGCUGGUCUAGAGCUCAUUCAGCAAACCAUUGUCUCGUAACCAUGUAUAUACAUACGCCUUGGAUAUGCACACA